AUGGUUGCAACUCACCAAGACAUUAACGCGUCCCCUCCAGUCCCCCAAGCUGUUGACCGGGGACUAGAGAGAAAGCCUUUGCCCACUCUCGUUGCUGGAGAGCUGGUGUCAGUCGUGACUGAACUGGUGAAGCAAGCCUUGUCCAACCCGGCUACAUGGCCCGGUGGGCAGCCAACCACUCCGGUCUGUGCCUUUGGACCAUCCACGCCGCCGCUUGAUACCCACGAACUGGAGAAGCAGUUGAUAGACAUUGCUGAGACCAGCUGUCAGUCUGACUGUACUGACUUUGACUCCCUUGGCACUUUCGACGCUGGAGAGGUCAACCCCGAAAAUCUCAUGGCCGAAAAGCAGCAUAGUCCAGAUUCUCGGUCCGAGGAGCUGGUUACAAUGGGUCAGUUGAAAUGUCUGCUCCAAGCUGUGCUGGAACACAAACCUCAAUCGACUUCGGAGAUUGCGGAAAGUGAUCUGGUCGACAACCAGCACAAAGAGGAAAAAGUUGGAGCCUCCAUACCAGACUACAAAAUCAUCCUUGAAAAGUGGCAAAGACUGAUCGACGAAGGGCAUUCUUCAGUUGGACCAGCUGUGGCUACUAAGCCUGCCCAGGCCCCGUGUGCUAGUAAGGAACAGGAAGAGAACGUUCAGGUGGUAGAUGAAAUUGAUCUCAAGAGUCCAAUCUGCACUACCCCGGAAGAUUUCAAAUCGUUCGAAAAGUGGGCCUCGACACCCCAAUUGAAGACGGUCGUGGAAAUCUGGGACAAAGGCGCGAGCAGAUACAAAAUCGGAGAGCCAGUAAAGACCAGCAGUAGUCUAGACGACUAUGUUGAAUAUGCAUUCGUUGUUCGCGAACGUGUUGAACGAAAUUCUGAGAAAGUCACGACUUACAUAGACAUCAAAUCUGAAGGCCUGCGCAACGUCCUGCGGGUAGUACUGCACGACAUCAAAGCCAUUAGCCUGAUGGAGGAAAAACCAUCGAUCGAGCGAAACAUCCUUUUUCAUUUCCUCCCGGAGCUCGACAAAUACGCGGAGAAUAUGAACAACUCAGACUGCGCGUUCCCGCGGCAGUGCCUCCGCUUGCUCGUCGACCACCUCAAGCAAGCGUUUUCCUCCAUCUCGCAGCGUGUCGAGUCAAUGCUGGAGCACGGCCACAUUACUUAUGACCUUCUCUGGGCGCUUUUCAAACCGGGUUCCCAUGUUUUCACGACAUGCUUCGCCACAAAAGAGCCGCGAUGUGUUAUAUUUGACGCAGGGGAAGAGAUAACACAAGAUGGCGAGACGUGGUUUAAUCUCGAAUGCCGAUUCCUUGAUUAUGACGGAGUCAAGUUUGGCGAGGCCGGAGUCUUUCCGCGUGUGCCAAAGUUCCGUGGGUCAAAGCCAAUCGAGACCCUUGAGGCCUUCCCUCUCUGCUACCAUCCAAGGCACCAGCAAGUCCGAAAAGACUUGGUCGAGAGAGGCCAAAAGUUUCGGGAUUUGGCCGGCUCGCACAUUCGGCACUGCAAUGGCAGCGCAUUCUUUAUGAACAAAGGAAAGGCAAUCAGAGUCAACAUCAACAGUCGAGUGGGAGUGGACGCCGCAUUUUUCCAUGAUAUGCAGCCAAACUACUCCCGACCGUCACUCCGCGACCUAGGGGCCAAGGGCAAGAAUGGAAUUGCGGUAAUUAACCUAGGUGCGAUGCUCAUGGAGGACCGGGAGCGGCAGAAGGAGAGAAUGCAAGGAGACGGCAUGGAGGCGCAAAAGUUGUGCGAAGCCAAUUUCUUGGUUACUAGCCCAACUGUAUGCUGUUUCAGUUUCAAGGAGAAAAUGUUCUUGGAAUGCGCAGUCAGUGCUCUUGGGAACGUGGAUUGGUCCCCCGAAUCGCUCGACUGUCUGCAGAUCCCUUCAGAGACUAAGAAGCUCCUCUUGUCAAUGGCGAAAACCCGUCUGGGAUUGAUACCCACGGUACCAUUCGACGACGUAAUUGAUGGGAAAGGUCAAGGACUCAGCAUCCUUCUGGAUGGCCCACCUGGCGUCGGAAAGACGUUCACGGUUGAAGCAACCUCAGAAUAUUUCAAGCUGCCUCUCUAUUCGAUAUCCGCAGGCGAACUUGUCGUCGACCACGGAGAUUCCAAUGCACUUGAGCAACAACUUGAAACAAUAUUCAAGACUGCGAAACACUUCAAAGCCGUGCUUCUCUUGGAUGAGGCAGAUGCGUUCAUGGAGCAGCGUACAUCUUACCACGGUACUCACAAUCGCCUGGUGACGGUUUUCCUCCGAAAGCUGGAAUAUUAUCAAGGAAUUCUUUUCCUAACUUCGAAUCGCGGUAUCCAGCUUGAUGAGGCGAUCCUUAGUCGGAUUCAUUUAACCAUCAAGUACAAAGACCUAAGCAGGGAUUUUCGCAAGGGUCUGUGGUCAACUUUUCUGACUAGGGCACGUACAGUCCAAGGACCUGCUAUGAUCGAGGAGCAUGACCUCCGACGACUGGAGUCUUUAGCUCUCAAUGGACGAGAGAUCAAAAACAUCGCAGCAGUCGCACAUGCUCUCGCUGAGGCGGAUGCUAGCCAGGUGAGCUAUAAAUACCUGGAGUUAGCCGCGGAAUCGAAUCAGAAAUUUUCGAAGGAGUUCGGCAGACAGGAGAUGUAUAUCUAG